AUUUUUUUUUAGUUUAGUCGAACCAUGGACGCGGUGCAGAGACACAGAUCCAUGUACAAAGGCACGACUCCACCAUGGAAAGAAACAUACCGGAUGCGCUGUGUGGAGCGGUUGAAGAACAGCCGGUCGAGGUUACUGGAGAAGGUCAGACAGAUGGGAGAGGAUUCGGGAGGAUCCAAGGUGAUGGAGGAGGAAUGGAGCGCCUUGCAGUCGUCCAAUCACAGUCUCCCCUCGCUCUGGAAUGGAAAGGGCAUCAGAGAUGGGUGCCCAAACUCGGUCCUGGAGGGCCGGUGUCUUGCAGAGGUUAGCUCCCACCCCAAUUAG